AUGUCAUGGUUGAAAAAACACAAUCCCCAAAUUUUGUGGGAAAAACAUACACUCGUUUUUAAUUCUCUAUAUUGUUCCAACAACUGUUUAGCCACACCUGCUGUUUUAGAGCUCAAAGCAGUGGAAGAAAUUCCUGUCCCUUAUCAAGAAUUUGCUAGAGUAUUUUCAGAGGAGGAAUCGUCAAAAUUACCACCCCAUCGUCCUUACGACAUCGCCAUUGAGCUACUCCCUGACGCAAAACCCCGACAUGGCCCCAUCUACAGCCUAGGCCCAAGGGAAGAUGCAGAACUUAGGGAAACCAUUGAAAAGCAACUGAAAGCAGGCCUGAUCCGCCCGUCUAAAUCUCCCAUGGCUUCCCCCAUAUUAUUUGUCAAGAAGAAAAACGGGAAAUUACGCAUCAUGACCAAGAAGAAUGCCUAUCCCCUACCCUUGCCACAGAAUCUUAUUGAAAAACUACAAGGCGCUAAGAUUUUUAGUAAAUUUGACCUCAGGGCAGGAUAUAACUUAGUCCGAAUUAAAGAAGGCGACGAAUGGAAAACAGCCUUCAAAACAAAAUACGGAUUAUUCGAAUACUUGGUUAUGCCUUUUGGAUUGACAAAUGCGCCGGCAGCCUUUCAGGAUAUGAUGAAUGAAAUAUUCAGAGACCUCUUGGAUGUUUAUGUCAUCAUAUAUCUGGACAAUAUUCUGGUCUUCUCCUUGAAUGAAAAAGAUCAUGAAGUUCAUGUGCGAGAAGUACUCAAAAGGCUACAGGAUAACAACCUUUUCUGCAAUAUUGAGAAAUGCCACUUCCAUGUCAAGAGGAUUGAUUACUUAGGGUUCAUUAUAUCGGAAUUUGGCAUAGAAGUCGAUCAAUCCAAGGUUACGGAUGCAAUAAAUUGGUCAACGCCUAAGAAUGUCAAGAACAUCCAGGAAUUUUUAGGAUUUGUAAACUUUUACAGACGAUUCAUCCCUAAUUUUGGCAAUAUGGCACGGCCCUUGUAUAAUUUGCUCAAGAAAGAUACACCCUUGCUUCUACAGCCUGAUACCACCAAACAAUUUUAUGUGGAAUGUGAUGCAUCGGAUUACGCUACUGGGGCCAUACUAUCCCAACGCAACCCUGAAGGGAAAUUGGCCCCGGUAGCCUAUUUAUCCAAGUCCCUGUCUCCGGCUGAAAAAAACUAUGACAUCUUUGACAAGGAGCUAUUAGCAGUCAUUAGAGCAUUUAAAGAAUGGCGCCAUUUGCUAGAAGGAUCCGAAUUACCAGUCCAAGUUCUAACAGAUCACAAGAACUUAGAAUAUUUUUCCACGUCUCAAUCCCUAAAUAAACGCCAGAUUAGAUGGGCCAACUUCCUAGUCGACUAUAAUUUCCAAAUCAAUUAUAGACCUGGAGCACAGAACAAAAAAGCAGACAUCCUCUCACGACGCUAUGAUUUGGUACCCCUUGAAGGGGGGGUAGAGAACCAGGUUCUCCUGAAACCAGAACUCUUUGUUUCAGCUAUUACCCCAGAUCAGGAAAUCAAUGACCUAAUCGGCAAAGCAAUUUACGAGGAUAACCGUCUGAAAGAAAUCUUACAUAAACUCCAGGGCAAGGAAAAAGUCUUAGACUGGGAAUUGAGAGAAGGACUACUAUGGUUUCAAGGAAAAAUAUUUGUACCAAAGGAUGACACUAUUAGGAACCUCAUCUUGGAAUCUAGGCACGAUGCAUUAGCGGCAGGACAUCCGGGACAAGCUAGAACAUUAGAACUUGUCUCAAGGAAUUACUAUUGGCCAUCCUUAAAAAAAUUUGUCAACUCUUACGUCAGCCAUUGUGAAACCUGCAUUCGGUCCAAACCCACAAAUCAAUUACCCACAGGCUUGUUGAAACCACUACAUAUCCCUGAACGCCCCUGGGAGGACAUAGCAUAUGACAUGAUUGUGGGAUUACCAGUUUCAGAAGGAUUUGAUGCCAUUCUCACCGUUAUCGAUCGAUUCUCUAAAAUGCCUACCAUCCUCAAACAGAUGGACAAACAGAACGAAUACAACGAGAGGCUGAAAUAUUCCUUUGCAUCAGAGUUUGCCCUCAAUAAUCUAAAGCAAACUUCCACGGGCAAAUCACCAUUCCAGAUAUGCUACGGCUCAAAUCCCCGAUUCUCUGUAGGUCAAAAGACAGACGAAUCAGUACCUAAUGCGGAUGAACAUGCGGAGUUCCUAGAAAGAGGCUAUGAUGAAGUCAAAGCAGCGUUGUCCUUGUCACAAGAAAGGAUGAAACACUUCUAUGAUCAACGCCAUAGGGAAGAAGAGGAAAUCCAAGUAGGGGAUAAAGUCUGGCUAAGUCAUCAAAAUAUAUCCACCAAUAGACCAUCCAUCAAGCUUAGCCACAAAAAGCUAGGUCCCUAUUUGGUAAUUGAAAAAAUUGGAUCGCAUGCGUAUAAAUUACAACUACCCCAUACCAUGCGCAUACAUCCAGUAUUUCACAUAAAUCUCUUAACAAAAUUCUGCCCUGACCCUCAUGGACGCGAUCCUCCUCAACCUGCACCUAUUAUUACAGAAGAAGGUGAAGAGGAAUACGAAGUGGAAAGAAUCUUGGAUAGUAAACAGAAGGGACGCGGAAAAACAAGAAAGUUAUGGUACCUAGUCAAAUGGAAAGGAUAUGACAAAGGAAGUAACUCAUGGGAACCCAUAGACAAUGUGGGAAAUGCCCAAGAAGCCUUAGAGGAAUUUUAUAAGGAACACCCCGAUGCAGUUGGAGCUUGA